ACCGCCAGGUGGCAGUUCGUCUGGUCAGCAAUGAGGAGUGGGUGGAGAGAGGCAACACGGCCACUCUGGAAUGUUCCACUUUUGACUUCAACCCGUCGGACCCGCCCCGCAUCAGCUGGAUGUUCAACAAUCGACAUAUGGAGAACCAGCGCCGCAAGACAUUGGUGGUCCCGGCGGUCGAUCCGAGGACCCACGAGGGCACCUACACCUGCACGGCCCAGGAUUCCUUCACUCAAACCAGCAGCUCCUUCUUCCUGCCCAUCAAAUAUGCUCCGGUCAUCGAUCGACUUCCUGUGCAGACGGCGGCGGUGGGAGGUGACGCCAAAGUUGCCUGUUGGUUCAACGGAUAUCCCGAUUCUCCCGCCGAGCGGUGGAUGAAAGACGGACAAUCUAUCCCCGUGGACAGAACCAGAUUUAACCCAGCGCGAGACGCGCGCUACCACACGGGGAUCACGUCCUAUCGCCUCAAGAUCUACAACGUGCAGCAGACCGACUACGGCCACUACUCCCUCAACGUUAGCAACUCGUACGGGUCAACUACGUGUCACGCCAUGCUCAAAGACCCUGCGGAGAUCAUUGACCUGAAGCCAGCCCCCAAACAGGCGGAUCCCGAGA